CUUGCUUUCAAGUAUGCAGUUGCGCAGUAAAGCUGAAGGGCUGUAGUUGGAGCAAAAUCCCCUGCUUUCUACCCUCUCGCAAUCACUUUGCCAUGUCUGGUGUUCUUUAUAUAGAGACCUUAUAAUCCUAGCCAGGGAUCGCAUUCAAGACAGUGUCUUGGCGCCAGGCGCGCCAAAUGGGCAGGACUGCUCUGGCAAACCAGCCGUAGGCGUGGUGCUGAAGGCAGUAGGACAAAGCAGACAUGAACGCGGCGCAGGGCGGAGCGGCGCCUCAGGGCGCUGAGGCGACGGGGACCGCUGCGGUGAACCCGAAAUCCACGACGGUGACGCCACCCUCCGCAGCACUUGGGCACCUCAAGGAGGCGUUGCGCAUCCUCGAGAACACCCACACACUGUUCACGGGCAUGAAGGCCAAAGUGGUGUAUGCGUGCGGCGAGGGCCACUUGCUGGCGGCUGACGAUGGGCGGCAAUACCUGGCGCGAGUCAUCAAGACGCUGGAUGACGAGCACCGCGCCAUUCGGGCGGGUAUGCCGCGCUUCAAUGCGGCCAUUGAUAUUGCGAAAGCGGUUGGCAAGGCCUCGUCCCGGGCCAACGCGGCGGCAGCGGCCACCGGGGCCGUAGGACGCGCAGGCUCAGCCACAACCGCCGCCGCCGCUGCGGCCGCAGCGGCAGCCGCUGGGCCAGAGAGCUCCGCAGCCGCUGCGCUGCGGAGCCACUGCCGCAGCGUGGCGACGGCUCUGGACUGCGCCCUGACGGAGUCGCUGCUGGCAGGCGCCGCGGCGGAGGCAGCUCUGGAGCGGAAAGCCAAACGCCAGCGCCUUGAAGCGGACUCAAGUGCCGCGGCAGCUGUCGCGGGCGCGCCGGCUACCGCCACCAGCCCCAGCACAGCCGGCGCGGCGCCUGGAGUGUCCUCGCCCACCCUCAUGCCGUCCUCACCACCCACGCGCAGCGCUGCUUCCAGCGCAUUCGCGUCCGCCGCCCCGUCCUCAGCCCAUUCGCCGCUGCGCGCGGUGGAGCUACUCGGCGUGCUGCUGCGUGUACGCGCGCUGGAUGGGCCCGCGGGCGGCGUGGGGCCCACGCAAACGAACAACAGUGCGGGCACUGGCAGCUUGUUGGGCGGCAUGCGGCUGCACGUGUUGGAUGACGGCGGCAACCCCCUCGCGCUGCCGUCGAGUCUGCCGGCAGCGGUAGCAGCAGCCAUAGCCGCGGCGUCGGGGCCAGGCGCUGGUGGCGGCGCCAGCACUGCUGGUGGCAGUGGCGCCUCUGGUGGCCCGGGUGCGGGCGCCAGCGGGCCGGUGAGCUGGGGCGUGCUCAGCGGAAGCUGGCUGCAGCAGGUGGACAGCAAUUUACUGGCCACGGCAGCGGCCCGCAUUUCGCACGCGACACAGGUGCGCAUGCUGCUGCCGGGCGUGUUCGUGGCCAACGUGUUGCUGGAGGCGCCGGGGAGCGCCGUGCCGCUGCGGGUGGUGGUGGACGCGGCCGACAGGGCGUUCGACCUCGACCCGUGGGCGACGCCAACGCCUCAGGUGUUCCGUCGCCUCAGUGCGCUCGCCACCCGCGUGCUCGCCUACUUUAUCAAGCGCGCGCCGCUCAACGGCGAAGCCGCCCCUGCCCCCGGCAGCUCCGGUGUCGAUGCUCCUGCCGCCGCCUCCAGCCCCACCCGGCCGCUCUCCGCGGCUGCGGGUCCCAGCUCUCCGGGGUCACCACCUGGAGCAAACGGGCUUCCGACGAGCGUCGCUGCGCCGGUGGCUGUGCCGGCGGCCGAGGCGGCAUGUGCGCCGGGUCCGAGCGGCUCGGCCCUUGAGGACCUGUUGCUGUGGCUGUUGGGCUGCCGCGACCUGUUCUCCAAGCGCUGCGCCGCCACCGGCCGCCUCAUGGCGUGGGACCCGUCCGUGCAGUUCCCGGUGCCGCCCGUCUUCCGGCCCUUCAAGCUUCCCCGCGAGGAGCUGCGGCUGCGGGCGCUGGACCUCUCGCGUGUGGCGGCCUACCACAUGCACGUGGCCCCGGUGGAGCAGCUGGGCUGGGCGGAGGACGUGCCGGCGCAGGCGGCACUGGCGCUGGCCGGACAAGUAGCGGUCGGGAGCGUUGGUGGUGGAAGCGCGGGCGGAGGCACGGGGCAGCCACCUGCGGUGACGACCCCGUCCUAGCAGGCGGUUGAAGCGUGCGGUUGUCGAGGUUGUGUGCUUGGACCCAGAGCUCGGUCUGUUACCUUCGUACUAGUGUAGCGACCGGUGUGGGGUAGUCCAUCGAGUAACACAGAUGACGAAGAUGGCUUAAAAUUCGAAACGGAGACAAGCACGACAGAUGCUGUCGUAUGGAUGCGGAUGUUACAGAGGGGACAGUCC